CAGCAGGGCCAACAAGGUCCGCAGGGCCCCGCUGGCCGUCGCCUGCACAUCGCUCAUCGUCGCAGCCCAUCAGAGAUGACUCCAUUGAUGAUGGAGCAACUGGCUCUUGCCCAACAGAUUGAGAUGCUGCAGCAACAGCAGCAGCAGAUCGCCGCUACUCAUCAGCAAUAUGUCAACAUGGGCAUGAUCCCGCAACAACAACAGCUGCCUAAUCAGUUCCAGCAACUGCAGGGCCAGAUGCAGAACCUCAACGUCUCGCCCAAUCCCGGUGCCUUUCAAUUCCCACAGCAGCAGCAACAUCUUGGAAUCCCCAUGACGGGUGGAAUAGGUCAGCCUGCCGGUCAUCGAAGAAACCAAUCUGCAAUGCCAAAUAUGGGUAUGGGUCCGCCACCGGCUCCUUCAGCCGGUGCCUCCGGAUCUGGCUUUGCAGACUUUGGCAAUUUUGGACAGGGCCGAAAUGAGAACAGCGCGCCACGCGGAAGAGGUGGUGCUGCAGCAGGUGGAGGUCACGCUCGCAGACAUUCGCUUGCCCUACCUGAGGCCAAGAAGGCAGCCGAGCUGGCUGAGGCGAAGCGGAAGACUAGUGGCUUUCAAUUCCCACUGCCAGGCGCUAGCGGUUCUUCGCCGUCGGCAAAAGAUCGAUCUGAUAGCCCAGGAAAUGGCGAAACAACGCAGACACCUUCCAGCACCACUCGAGGUGGCAUGGCUGGAGGCCGCGGUCACGGACGAAGCCAGAGCAUGGCUGUUGGAGGUCGCGGCAUGGCUCAGAGUAGUCGCGGAGGACCACAAGGCUUCCAAUUCCCACCACCGCAAGCCUCGGACGGUGGAAACACUUCAGAACUGGGACGCCGCAAUAGCCAAGGGCAUGGUCGAUCUGCUUCACGCAACUUCGAGGGCAACUGGCGCAACCCAAACAACAACCAAGCCGCUGACUCUCAAGGUAGCAACAUGGGUAACUUCCAGAUGAACCAGCAGGCUACUGCUCAGCCAUUUCAGCCUGGCCACCGACAGCGUCAGUCUAUCAACAAUCAAUCGAUUAGCUCCAUCCAGAACUUCCAGCAGUAUGCACAGCCGCAGCUCGUGCAGCUUCCUCAAGGACAAGUCUUGGUCCAACAACCGACCCUUUUCGGCGGCCAGCAGCUCAAUGCGCUGCAGCUUGCGCAGCUGCAAGCGUAUCAGCAGGCUGGUAUCAACCCAAGCCUUGCGCAGCUUACCGGCCAGCACAAUGCACCGCAAAUGGGCCCUGGUCAACAGCAACAACAGCGCAAAACUCUGUUCACGCCAUAUCUUCCACAGGCCACUCUCCCAGCAUUACUUGCCGACGGUCAACUCGUCGCGGGUACCCUCCGCGUCAACAAGAAGAACCGUAGCGAUGCUUACGUUACCACGCUAGAUCUCGAUGCCGACAUCUUUAUUUGCGGCAGCAAAGACCGCAACCGGGCUCUGGAAGGAGACUACGUCGCGGUCGAGCUCCUCGAUGUUGACGAGGUGUGGGGUCAGAAGCGCGAGAAGGAGGAAAAGAAGAAGCGCAAGGACGUCACUGACCAGCGUAGUGGCAGCGUCACUGCCGUCAACGAUGCGACGACCCAGCCUGAGAGCGCUGCAGAUGGCGGUCUUCGCAGACGUGGCAGCUUGAAACAGCGUCCAACGCAGAAGAAGAAUGAUGACGUUGAAGUUGAAGGCCAGAGCCUGCUCCUGGUUGAGGAAGACGAAAUCAACGAUGAGCAGAAGCCGCUUUACGCUGGUCACAUCGUUGCCGUUAUCGAGCGUGUUGCCGGACAAAUGUUCUCUGGUACUCUGGGCCUGCUUCGUCCAAGCAGCCAGGCUACAAAGGAAAAGCAGGAAGCCGAGCGCCAGGCUCGCGAAGGUAACUCUGGUCGCCAGCCAGAGCGUCAGCAAGACCGCCCGAAGAUUGUCUGGUUCAAGCCAACUGACAAGCGUGUGCCUUUGAUUGCGAUCCCCACGGAGCAAGCUCCAAAGGACUUUGUCGACAACCACCAAAAGUAUGCCGAUCAGAUCUUUGUUGCAUGCAUCAAGCGAUGGCCCAUCACUAGCUUGCAUCCAUUCGGUACUCUGGUUGAGCAGCUUGGACAGGCUGGAGAAUUGAAGGUAGAAACCGAAGCCUUACUUCGUGACAACAACUUCGGUCCUGACGACUUCUCCGAUGCCGUCCUCAAGAACGUCGGCCACGAAGACUGGUCUGUCGCCAACGAUGGUGAAGCAGCGCUCGAGGGUCGCCGCGAUUUCCGCAGCGAGACCACGUUCACGAUCGACCCUAACGGCAGCAAGGAGCUCGACGAUGCCAUUCAUUUCAAAGAGCUUGGAGAUGGACUCAUUGAAGUUGGCAUUCACGUCACUGAUGUGGCUCACUUCAUCAAGGCUAACUCUCUUGUUGAUCGCGAGGCCAAGAAGCGAGGCACUGGAGUAUAUCUGAUGAAUAGGACUGUGGAUAUGCUGCCACCGAGGCUCUCUCAAGAAAUAUGCUGCCUGGUACCAGGAGAAGAGCGCUACACUGUCUCUGUAGUCUUCAAGGUCGACGCUGCUACUGGCCGCGUGAUUGACGAUGACACUUGGAUCGGCAAGUCCGUAAUCAAGAGCUCUGGUAAGCUUGCAUAUGAGGACGUUGACGCCGUUAUCAAUGGCCAGACCGUCUCGUCGCUCGGAGGAGAGCGCUCGAAACAGAUUCUUCUGCUGCACUCCAUCACCCAGAAGUUGCGCAAGGCUCGCUAUGGUACCGAUGAGGCUCAUGUUCCAUCGCUCCGUCUCCUAUACUCCUUGGACGACGAAAAUGUUCCCGUCGAAGAGAAUAUCUUCAACUCUAGCCCAUCGCACGAGAUGAUCGAGGAGCUCAGUCACAAGACGAACGCUGUUGUGGCGAAGAAAAUUCACGACACCCUUGGCGACCGCGCUCUGCUGCGGACGAUCGCUCCACCCAAGCCGCGCCGUCUUCAGACUUUCGCUCAGCGCAUGUCGAACAUCGGCUACGAGAUUGACACGUCAAGCUCUUCUGCACUGCACAACAGCCUCUUCCAUGUCGAGGAUGCCGACAUUCGCACUGGAAUGGAGACUUUGGUCUUCAAGUGUUUCAACCGAGCCAAGUAUCAGGUUCCAGCACGCGCCGACAACCCUCAGGACUUGGCACAUUUUGCAUUGAACCUGCCUUUGUACACGCACUUCACAAAUCCUUCUCGUCGUUACGCAGACAUUGUUGUGCAUCGUCAGCUGGAAGCAGCCUUGUCAGAAGGCGCCAUCGAGUUCAAUGACGAUGUCGAGAAUCUGCACAAGACCGCCGAGGCCUGCAAUGUCAAGAAGGAUUCCGCCCACAGCGCACAACAGCAGAGUGUUCACAUUGAGGCUUGUCGCAGAAUGAACCGCGUCAGCGAAGAGCAAGGCGGUGAUCUGAUUUCUAUUGGCAUUGUUGUCUGUGUCUACGAAUCGGCAUUCGAUGUUUUCAUCCCAGAGUAUGGCUUCGAGAAGCGUGUCCACUGCGACCAGCUGCCUUUGAAGAAGGCAGAAUUCGACAAGAACACGAGACUGCUUGAACUUUACUGGGAGAAGGGUGUCCCAUCUUCAGCAUUCGUGCCCGAGGAUGAGCGUCCACAGGCCAAGGGUCACCGUCCUACACACAGCACUCUAGCUCGCGAGGCUGUCGCCAAGCAAAAGCUUGCCGAAGAAGCAGAGCGCAAGGCAAUGAACACCGGCUCCAUUGACGCCAACGAUGUCGAUGCAUUGUUUGACGAUGAUGACGAUAACGCUUCGGAAGCGACCGACAAUGCCGCCGGCGUUGCGCUCAAUGGCGACCGUGCAACUCAAAGUGGACCUCCAUCUCCAACAAGAAACGGUCUUGCUCCUCAGCGCUCCAAGUCCGACUCGCGUGUGUUGAACAACAGCAAUGCCCCAGAGGCUAAGCUCAGUAAUAAGGAUAAGUACCUUGGACUGUUCAAGCUGCGGGAAGAGAACGGCGACUAUAUCCAAGAUGUCAAGGAAAUGACCAGAGUACCUGUGUUGUUGAAGACUGACCUGACCAAGAGCCCACCGUGCCUCACGAUCAGAUCAUUGAACCCAUAUGCGUUGUGAUCACGCUCGCUUGAAUUUCUCACGAUUCUCCGAGCGACGACCCUUUUAUUCACUACGAUUUUAGAAUGAACACGUGCCCGCCCCAGCACACAUCACCACGGGCACACAGCAAGGCCGACUCAUGCGAAAGCUUGAUUGCGGCCUUCGACCUCGCCAGCUCUGUUCGAGCCACUGACCGGAUACUUUCAUUUACCAAGCAGCGCCCUCAUUGGGCGCUCUUGACAGCAGGCAAAACCUGCUGUAUGGCCAAGAGCAAGAGGAUAUGGAGGAGAUUGUAUGGUUGAAGAUGUCAUGUUUUGGGAAGCAUGCCCGAUGCCUGUUGUGAGACAUGGUAUUAUUAUGUCAAGCAACGGCAAAAGUUAUUUGUGAGGAGACACAGAUUGUACAUGUACCGUUCAGAAUGGACGCACGAGCCGAGUUUUGGACCUGGAUGGCACACGAAGGUGGAAGAGAGAGUUUACAUUUUUACCUUGUGUACUCGGUUUUCUAGCUAGCUUUCUGCGUUGACUAUAGGACUGCUAUAUCACAAGGUUGUUCUUUC